AUGACGGAUGCCCAUGUGGAUCUUGGGGUGCCCGCUGACGAUGGCUCUCAAAGGGCACCGGCAGACGCGCUUGAAGUGAACUCAAGAAGUCUGGUUCAAACCCCAACAAGUGAUGUUCUGGGAGCACAUUCACGGAAUCUCCAUCUAUCCACAGAGCAGGCGACGGCCAUGUCGAAAAGCAUUCUGGACAUCUUUGAGCUAGACGAGGAGCCUCGGAAUGAGGAUCAGAGCAUGGGGGAGGAUGGCGAGCGAGAGGACGAAGAAACUAACAUGGGAGACCAGCAACGGAGAACUGAGAGGCUGGGAGGGGCUUUGCCUGUUCUGAAUCAGUUGUGGUGUUCCGAUUCAGAUCAGAUUGAGUUGGUAACUGAGAAGCUAGCAGAUGGGAGUCGAGAUCCGAAGUGGCGCAUACCCCUCGGUGACUCGGGCAUUCUCAACUUCUUUCUCGAGAAACUUAGUGGGUAUACGCUACGACAUACUUUAAACAUCCAUGUCUUACGGUUAAUUGGAAACUCUUGUGCCGAUACUGACGUGAACAGAGCACGAGUUGUAGCAUCUAAUUAUAUGCGUUCUAUUGUUCUGAAACUGCAGGACGAAUCUCUAACUGCGUUUGCGAUACCUGUGCUGUUUAAUAUCUGUAUUGAUUAUGAACCUGCCCAAAAACAGGCAUCCGAAUGCUUUCUGACACAGGAGCUUAUUGCCCUAGUCUCGAGCCCAAAGUUCAAUGACUGCCGAGUACUUCUUAGCUACUCAUGUAAAAUACUUGACAUGAUGGUUGCUCAAGCUUCCGAACCAGAAGUUGCGCCUGAUUCGACGCCUAUUGCUCUCCUAGGGAUAGCUGCGGAUCGAGAAUCUCCAGUUGGCAUGGAUGACUUCAUUGCCGUUGUAAACGCGGCGGUCGGUUAUCUUCAGCACGAGAAAUUCCAAAAGGCACUUGUUGCCCGAGGUGCUCUGGACCGUACCCUGGCCAUUAUAGUAGACUCUUGCACCCGGUUUGAUGCUCAGCCCUCAACAACGAGAACGGGUGAUACAUCGCCGUCCGACCAGGACGAUGCCAAGGCGUUGACAAAAAUGCGAAAUAACUUCAUUCAGGUUCUCUCUGACAUCUCGGCCCUUCCGGAAUUCAAAGAAGCCUAUCCCAUCACCUCGCCAUUCUGUAGCUGCUUACUACGCUGGCUGUCUAGUCCACAACCCCAACUGAAGGUCUGCGCAUGCAUCAUGCUGGGUAAUCUUGCCCGCUCCGAUGCCACAUGCGAAGAAUUUGUCCACGUAUCUCAGGUUCAUACUAUCCUCAUCUCCAUCCUAGUUGAUGCAACAGACUCCCAGCUCCUCCAUGCCACCAUUGGAUUUCUCAAGAAUCUCGCAUUGCCAGCCAUGAACAAAGAGACCCUCGGUGAUGCAGGUCUCAUCGAAGUCCUUCCUCGCCUAUGGGCUUUAGACAUCCUCCAACCCAUCCAACUCUCUGCUAUCUCUCUGGCCCGUCAACUGACAAUCGGAAACUUGAACAAUGUCCGCCGAGUCUGCAAACGCCUCUCUGAAGAUACCGACUCCCCGUCCUACACACGUACCAAGCUCUCCCUGCUUAUAGCUCUCUUCGAGCGUACUGACGUCGUACCCAUCAAGAUGGAAAUCUCCCGUCUGGUGACAUCUAUCUGCCGUGUUCUAAACACCAAUGUUGGGCGCGAGAUUACAGAAGCAGAGACAGCACAAAUCCAGCACAACUUCUUCGCCUUGCAUCCCGACGUUGGUCGCCCGCUGGCCUUCAUGGUAAGCCAGACCAAAUGGCCUGUUGUGCGAAGCGAAGGCUGGUUCGUCUUCGCACUCAUAGCAAGAACGCCCGAAGGCGCACAAUGUGUCAGCGAUAUGAUGAAAGACGUAGGCGUCUUCAGUCUACUAGCCGAAACGCUUACUGGCAAACCAUUCGUUGAUCCCGAGCCUUCCUCGCCCGGUGUCCCUGCAGUCCCUGCUGGAGCGGGCGCCAGCCCAUCGCCACCUGCGAUCAUGCCAUCUGCCAACGAGGAAUUCGAAGCACACAACCCCGAGAGCGUCCAGCCACAUGCCCAAGCCAGCGAGAUCAAGCAUCUAGACCGUGAAAACGCCCUCCUACUGGUUAGCGAGGUAUUGAAACACAAAGACGUGCGAAUGUCUGCUUCGCGUCGGACAAUAUCUGAGGAGCUCCUCCGAAGAGGAACGGAACUGCUGCAGGCUCACCGAAAAGCGAAUUCCAAUCCCAACUGA